AUGAUCAGAAGGGACCCGCAGUUGUUGGGAGCGCUUCUGAUGCUGGCCUCUAGCGUGUUUAUUCUAUACUUUGUCUGCUUGGACGAGCCUGGAGGCCGAUACGUUGUUGAUGCCAAGCCGCUGGACGUGGAGGUUGAAGAGCCGACCGUGCUCUUCUCACUUUUGGUGUCAGCACCGACGAACCUGGCUGAGCGCCAAGCUGUGCGUGUCAGCUGGGCUCAACACCAAUCUCCCACGCGGCAUCGAUAUGGCUUUUUCAUUGGCGUUCAUGGCCUGAGUCCAGAGCUGCACGCCAACUUGACAGCCGAGAACGAGAAGCACGCUGAUCUCGUUCUUUUACCCGACAUCUCGGAAAGCUUUGGUAAAUUGACAGCCAAGGUCCUGGCAGCGAUGACUUGGAUUGAUCGCCAUCCCACCCUACGCCCACGCUACAUUUUCAAGGCAAGUCCUUCGAGCUUGACUUUUUGGGGCGACGACGAUACAUUUUUACGCGUAGAGCAAAUGAUUGAUGAGCUACUCGCACGCCCAGAGUCUACUUCCUACUAUUGGGGUUAUUUUGAUGGGCGCGCUCCCGUCAAGCGUUCGGGAAAGUAUGCGGAAAUGAACUGGAACUUGUGCGACCAUUAUCUUCCCUAUGCCCUUGGGGGUGGCUACGUCCUUUCGCGUGAUUUGGUGGCUUUUAUCGCUCUAAUGGGCCCACAGUUCCGCACAUUCAACAACGAGGAUGUGAGCGUAGGUUUGUGGUUGUCCCCACUCAACAUCACACGGCGGCACGACCAACGCUUUGACACAGAGUGGAAGUCGCGUGGUUGCUUGGACGAGUACAUUGUGCUCCACAAAAGGUCACCCGCUGACAUGUAUGAACUGCGCCUCAAGGUCAGCCAGUGCUGGUAG